CGAGUUAUCGCGAGACUUCCGAAUGACAACAUGGCACUGUAAAGCGUAACUGGCAAUCAAGGGUAUCAUAUAACCAACAUUUUGAGCCUCAGAAGAAAAAGAGGAAAAAUGCUUAGGCCACGGAAGUUCGUAACUUUGAUGUUGGGCCUAGCAAUAAUCCUAUUUUUGCUGGGACCAUCGGAAGAAAUGUCUUCUGAGGAUAAGCGAAAAGCGAAGGAACAAGUAGUGGAAAUGUUUAACCAUGCAUUUAACAGCUAUAUGGACAAAGCAUAUCCAGCAGAUGAACUGAUGCCCUUGUCUUGCAAAGGUCGCUAUCGGGGCUCAGAGGUGUCGCGCGGAGAUAUUGAUGAUUCUUUAGGAAACUUUACUUUAACACUUGUGGACACGCUGGACACCUUAGCAGUGCUGGGGAAUGUAGAAGGAUUUGAAAAUGCUGUGAUGCAGGUCAUCCAGGAUUCUCACUUUGACUGUGAUGUGAUAGUUUCAGUGUUUGAGACCAACAUUAGGGUGUUAGGGGGUCUACUUAGUGGCCAUGUGAUGGCACAGUACUUUAAACAACAAGGGCUGGGGCUGCCUUGGUACAACAACGAACUUUUAGUUCGAGCAAAGGAAGUGGGUGAUCGCCUCUUGCCUGCAUUUAACACCUCCACUGGUAUUCCAUAUCCAAGGAUCAACCUGAAGCAUGGGAUAGUUCCACAUAUAACCAGUUCCUAUCGUGACACUUGUACAGCAUGUGCUGGAUCCAUGAUUUUAGAAUUUGCUGCCCUUAGCCGCCUGACAGGAAUCCCCGUCUAUGAGGAAAAGGCACGGCGAGCAAUGGAUUACCUGUGGGCUCAGAGACAUCGUGGCAGUGACCUCAUGGGUCUCAUUAUUAAUAUCCAUAAUGGAGACUGGAUACGCAGAGUUUGUGUGUGUGUGGCUUUUUCAGAGAGUGGAGUAGGAGCUGGUAUAGAUUCUUACUAUGAAUAUGUGCUGAAGGCUUAUGUGUUGCUUGGUGAUGACAGCUAUUUGGAGCGAUUUAACAAGCACUAUGAUUCUGUGAUGCGUUAUAUGAGCCAAGGACCUCUCUUGGUGGAUGUGCAUAUGCACAAGCCCACCUCAAUCUCCAGAAACUUUGUGGAUGCACUUCUGGCUUUUUGGCCAGGUUUACAGGUAUUGAAAGGUGAUCUAGUGCCUGCUAUUGAGACGCAUGAACUGCUUUAUCAGGUGAUGCAACGACACAACUUUCUGCCAGAGGCAUUUACUACUGACUUUAGAGUGCAUUGGGGACAUCACCCGCUACGGCCAGAGUUCAUAGAAUCAACAUACUUCCUGUACAAGGCAACAGCUGACCCAUACUACCUAGAGGUUGGCAAGAAAGUUCUUGAUAAUCUUCAGCUGCAUGCACGUGUUCCUUGUGGAUUUGCUGCAAUCAAGGAUGUGAAGACAGGAGCCCAUGAAGACCAAAUGGACUCUUAUGUGUUGGCUGAGAUGUUCAAGUACCUGUAUCUUCUGUUCGCUGAGAAGAGUGAUAUUUUGUUUGACAUUGAUGACUUCAUCUUCACAACAGAAGCUCAUCUGCUGCCACUGGCAUUGUCUGUGGGCAACAUCACAGCAGCUGCUGCUGCUGCCUUGCCCAGGAUCCGACGAGAAGUAUACAGCAAGCUCACCAUUGAGCUCAGUCCUCCAACAUCUGGUGACUUUAUCACUGCUGCUGCUACUUCUACUGUAGGAGGGAGACAUAAGGAGGAGGAUGAAGACGAUGAUGACGAAGAGCUAGCAGACCACGUGUGCCCAAACUACCAUUCAACCCAUAGUGCUGGCCGCAGCUAUGCCCAGACAGUGCGCUCACACAUCAAAGACAUAGUGGACAGGCUCAGCCCACAGCAAAAGAGUCGUCGAGAGAGACUGCAUGCCUCUGAAUUUAUUGCUGGAAAUAAAGAUCAGCUGGAGGCUUUGCAUGCUAUGGGAAUUCGCAUUGCAACAAUGAGUGAUGGUCGGAUACAGCUUCUGCACACAGCAUCAGAGGCACUGAGCCCAGAGGAUGCAGAGGAUGGCAUGCUCUUCAUGCAAGAGAUGAUUGAACUCUCCAAACAUCAGCAGUCUGAUGCCCAGCAUGAUCCUAUGUACAUCAUCAUCAACAUCCCUGGCCUGAAGGAGAAACACGUCUUGCGGGCUGGCCCUGCGCAGUUUGGAUACGACUUGAAAACCCAGAAACCGAUUAAGGGUAUGGUGGCCAUCGCUCGCCCAUAUCGAGCAUGCAGGGAGAUUGAGAACUCACAUGAGUUGACUGGUCACAUUGUCCUUAUUGAACGUGGAGACUGUAUGUUUGUAGAUAAGGCUCGGAACCUGCAGAGGGUGGGAGCUAUAGGAGGCAUUGUUGUGGAUCAUAUGGAAGGCAGCUCCAGUGAAAAUCAGCCCCUGUUUGCUAUGUCUGGAGAUGGCACCAAUGAUGUUACCAUUCCACUUGUCUUCCUGUACCAUUCCCAGGGGCAACAGCUCCUGCUGACUCUGGCAGACAACUCUUUCUUGGAAGUAAUCCUGUCUGCUUCGCAAGACACUUUACCGAGCUUGAACAAGACACCUGACAUGGAGCAUCCAAAGCCAAUUGAGGCAAAGGAUACAAAGCCCAGGGCCGAGGGCCAAGCUCAAGGUGACCUGCUUUCUCAGGACCAAGGUGAAGGCACUUGUGCCAGUCAGGCACCCUCAUCACCUGUUGACCAGGUGCACCAUGCUGACCCCACCUCUUCAUCUCCCUCACAAGAAGCAGAGGACAAGAGCAAGGAGGAGGAUGCUGUCUCAAAAUUCCUAGAUGACAAGUUUUACCGUCACCAGGCCCAGCUUCAUGAUCUGUACUACCUUCAGGUGGGUUCUCGCUUCUUGCACCUCAACUUUGAAGUGCGACCCUCUGCCUCCAAGCCCUUGCCACUUAAGGACAGGGAAAGACCAUUGUCUAUGGAUGUGCUGCCUGAUGGCUCCAAGAUGCUGACAGUGACAUUGCACUACCAUACGGAGAGCUACAAGGACAACAAGCCACAGCUGAACCAGAUUUACCUGGAUUUUGUGUACCUUCUGCAGCUACACACCAACUUUGAUGAGCUGUCUAAUGGCAACGACUACCUGCGUGCCUUUGCCCUCCUGCUGGAGGCUGGAUACUUUGGGUUGAGUCGUGUCGACAAUGACGUUCUGUAUCUGCUGCGCAGCUUGUCACGUGUUCUCCGUUUCGUCCCUCGCUUCCCUGCGCCAUCUGAACUCGGUGCCAGCAUGGAGGAGGUGGCGCUUGAUAGCAGCUCCAUUCCUCCCAUCUCCACGUCUUGGCAAGAUCCUGUAGAAGGAAAACAAGAAGCCGAAGAUCAUUAUGCUCAGGUGGGUGAUUUCGUCGAGUCAGCAGACACCUACAAAGCUCAAUCAAGCUUAAAAAUAAAUGCAGAGGGAAGUGGCCAGUAUGUCCGAGUGGUUUCCGAACAGGAUGAAGCAAAAGGAUGGGGGGCACGCAUCGACGAAGAGGGUGUAUUGACUCUUACACAGGAGGCACAGGACCACCUUAGCAAACAGCAGAUGCAUUUAUCUGAUUCCAUUUCAUCCCAAGAUGUUCAUGAUGGUGGACUGGAUGGUAACAGCAGAGUUCUUUCUUUACAAGGAACUCAGGCAGUCCAAAGAGAGGCAGCAGAACCCAUUUCUUCCAAAAUUCCAGAUGAGCAGUCAGAUCUGCAUGCAGGUAGUGAUGUAAGCAGCCAGGAUAAUCCUUCUCCUCACAUAGCUUCUUCACCUUCGUCAUCUCCUAUAUGUUCACUGUCUCCUCAGGGCAGUUUGCACAGCUCAAGCUCUUGCCAUUCACAGGUAUCUCCCCAUGAAACUUCAGGAGCAGCAGGUCACAAAGUUCAAACAGAUUGUGAAGCUCAGGAACCAGAAACAGUAAUCAGUGAUCACCCAAGGGCUGAGAAAGUUGACUCUAGGACAGAGGAAAAGCAUUAUCACUCCAAGGAUGACCUAUGAUGUCCCCACACUUUAUCUUCCAUAAUGUACAUGCAUGUGUCACGUGUGCGUGUGUGUACAUGAAUGCAUGAAAGGAUACAUAUGUCAGUGAAUGAACAUUUACAGGUGUGAAAUAACGUAUAUUGAUGUGAGAUGUAUGUUCGUGUAUGCUGUCUUAGAUUUCCUCAUUUUACCCAGUGAAAAACAAAAGUGGCCCAUCCAAAAACAAAAAAGCAAAAAAAAAAAAUGUUCAUCCUUCUUUUUGUUUACUUUCUCUGUUGUGGCAUAUAAUAUUAAAAAUUGCAUCUGCAAUGUUUUUAUCUUUAAAUCUUUUGUUUAAAUUUGUUUUUUGGUUGCAUUUGUUUAUUGGUUAUGGGUCAACGUAGGAUUCCCCUCACCCAUUCACAUGUAAAGAUAUUUGGCCACUGAAUUUUUGGAAGAAAUUUUUUUUUCCAUCAUGCACUGCAUCCAGGGUGUAGACCAUGUAGUACUGUCUACUUUUGUAAUCAUGGGCAGAGGGCAAAGAACACACGCUGACCAUAGUCAAUAGCCAGAGUUGUUUGCCCACAGUAUUUCUUUUAUGUAACUUAUGAACAAAGAAUUUAAUUGAAUAGCACUGUUGUUUUUUUAGUGACAUAGGUUAAUACUCCUUCCAAAUAGUUUACAAUUCAUGUUAAGAUCAUAUUGUUGUCUUGAAAUAAGUUGACCAGAUGUCCUGAUUUAGGCAAGACAGUCAUACCUGCUCAUAAAAUGUUUCGCUUUCAUCUAAAAAGUUGAUCAAUAUCCCUCUUGUAUUUAAAAAUCAGAUUACCAUACAUUGAUUCGCAUCCGUGCCUUGGUUUUGGCUUUUGCCCAUCGCCGUUUGAUUAAUAAUUUCAAAUUUGUCUCCUAGUUUACCACCUUUCAACAUCUGUUACCCCUUGCCCCUCUUUUAUCAGCGCUCUUUGUCAGCAACAAAACCACCAUGAUUGGCACCUGUCAAGGUUUUACUCUGGGAACGUCUGGUCACCUUGAACGUUUUGAGACUAAAGACAGGUGUGUGUACAUGUACAUAUGAGCACAUGCAAGAGAGAGAGAGUGGGUUUGCACAUGUCUGUUUGAAUGUGAAUGGGAGACGGUCAUUCUGUAUAAAAAUAUUUGACAUCUAAGUCAGCAGAUGUAAGUACAGUUUAGAUUGCCUGAUUAAGAAAAUGAAAUUGGAUCAUGUGUUUGCGGCAAAGGUUUGAAGGUGUGGAUUUGCCAGUAACUCAUCUUCACUUUGCUGUGUUUGGUGCUUUCAUAAUUUUAAUAAAGACACCUCCUUGGCUAUUCUGGUUGUGCAUACAUAUAAACUGCCAAUCUAAAGAUAAAUGCAUGAAUGAGCACUUCUUGUGUGACUCUCUUUAUAUGUAAACAUUGUUUACUUUUCCGCCAGAACCAGUCAGCAGUUAGUAUAGCAACUUAUGUUUCGACACCUCAGAAAUUUUCUUCCCUUUUGCAGCAUUCAAAGAACUCAUUUAUGCAUGCUUCCCUGACCAGGUUAGAAUGUUAUGUCAUUUAUCAGUUACUUUCAAGUUUCAAGAGCUUUAGUUUAGUUUGGGUCUUACAGUUUAAACAAAAGCUGUUGCAAUUGAUAUUUUAGUCAUUCAUCAUUUUUUUUGAUCACUUGGUGGAAAGUUUCAAUAUUUUAUGUUUUUUUCUGUUAAUGGUAACAAAAAUAUUAAACAAUUUUACACUUAUCAGUUGGAAAUAUGACUUGAAGUUUUGCUUUUUGUAAUGCAGUGGUUGUCAAGGUAACUCAACAAAAACAUUCUGAUAUGCUGUUUUAUUCACUUAACAAUUAUGAUAACUACUGUGAUGAGAUGUUGUUUGCAAGUUGAAUUUUUUAUUACUGAUGCCCCAUUUUAGAUAUUUUCAAGUUUCCUACUGACAAGGAACAUUUUCAUGUAUUGGGUUAAAGAUUGACGAUUUUACCAUUCUUCCUAGCUUCUGUUUUCUGUCUCUUCAAUGAAAUUCUAAAAUUAACUUUUUUUGGGGCUGUUACUGAUAGAGCCGAUGGACAAGUGGUUAGAGUGCUGUUAUCCAAACUGAAAGAUGCAUCAGUUCGAUAUGUAGUGCAGCUCACUUUCCCCAGUUAACCCAGCUGGCAGUUCUCUAACACCUCGCUCUGACAAAGGUCAUGAAACGAUCUUUACUGUGUUACUGUUUGGUUGGUAUUUACAUUUUUUUACAACUUCAAAAUGUUUGCUUUUGAGUUAGGGACAAUGGUAGCAUCAAAAUGACAGUUGGUCACAUCUUGUUACAACAGCAAUUUUUAGAGGAUGUUUGCUUUUGUGUUUUGAUGGAGGUGUUUUCUUAGUGUGUCGCAGAAAGACUUUGAGAUUGUGAUUUUAAACUUUAUUGUUUUGCUCAAUUUCUACCUCCCUUGCUCAUUAGGUGUACUUAUGGUAUGUAUAUUUUUCACAUCUAGUGUUAGCAGGCAGUUUAAAUGAGUUGUAGUUUAGAUGAUUUUGAUUUUAACUUGGGUGAAGGGAGGCAUAUGCCUCUAGUGGAAUCUUAUGUUUCUUCUUCUUUAAGUGCACUGCGAGUUGUUUGGCAGAAGGUGAGGUUCACACAAUACAAAGGUGGUGCCUGAAGGAAGAAAAUGUAAGUGGCAUUUGAAGCAAAACAUCAGAAGUUUAGGGAAGAAAAAAAGCUUUUCUUCUCUGCCAUGGAAACAGGUUGGAAUACAUGCAUAGCAGCUGACCAUGUUUCUUCUAUGCAGGGUCAGUGAUGGGAUGGGGUGAAAAUGUAUGAACGGGAGAGUGUAAUGGUCCAGAAGUCCCAAAGACAGGGUGUGACAUGGAGUGGGGAUCCUUCUAAUGGUGCUCUAUUUCCUCCAUUCAGGAUGCACAGUUGUAAUCUUUUUAUCUUACAGCCCAGGUGAUUCUCACUAUAUUUUUCACAGAGCAAUAAAGGAAAGGUUUCAGCACACGGUCAUUAAGACCUGGCAGUAGACUAACUGUUGAAUGUCUUGGCUCGAGAAGCCUCAUGUAGCCAUUCCACCAGUAGACUGUUUUAGAGCGAUUUUAUCAGGUGUAUUCCUUUCCCAUAAGCUCCUCUGUCUCUGACUUGCAUACAUUUCUUAAACCAGCUUUUUGUAUCUGGGAUAACUUUUAAUGCAGAUCUCGGAUUACUGUGAAUGACAUCUUUUCUGUUGCAUGAUGAUCUGUAAGACAAGGGAAGAAAAAGAAUUUUGGGAAGACCAGCAGUCAUAAUCAGUGAACAGGUGAUAAUGUGGGCUGACUGUUCAUAUGCGCAACUAUAGAGGUCACUGGUUUCAAGCCUGCUCUGACCUGUGGCCUUGAAACAGACAUCAGGCUUUUAAAUUGGAAAUUUUUUCCUAAACUGAAAACAUUUUGUAAGGCAUGAAGCUUUAUUAUUGUGUAAUAGUGAAAACUUCAUUAUUAUACAAUAUUGAUACCUCCUCCUUCUUCACAAGACAUAUACACAUUGAGCAUCCAUCUUUUCCAAUGUUAUAUUACAGGCUGGUGUCACUGCCACAGGUACACACUACAUGGAAGGUCUAGAACAGUUUGUAGCACCCACUACUUUCUAUCAGUUUUGACUCUCUUCGGUCUUACUGAACAAAGCAGGAUUUUUUUUAACUGUCUUCUUUCUCACCCUCCUCUUCAUAAAUCCCUCAUCCUGGUUUAUGUGAGCAUGCAAAGAUCCUGUUUGUAUUUCACCUACCUCCCACAUCUGGGAAGAUUUCCAGCUUGCACUUCUCACUUCUCAGUGGGUGAAUUUCUUUCUGGUAUUUGGAUUUCACAAACCCUUGCCAAACUUAUAACCAAAAUAAAAUUUUAAAAAAUUAUACUUUUUUUGAGAAUUGAAAGCAUUUAAUAACUUUUGGGUGGUCGGUGGUUUUUUUUGGUUUUUUUGUUUUUAUGUUAAUUUUGAAUGCUUGACACAAUUUGCUGUUCAUUUUGUUGUGUGAAGAAGAAACCAUUCACUGAAGACAAUUGUCACAUGCACAGUGUGUACACAGCGUCACAGCAAUCUUGGGACCUGGCAGGGUGACAUUUAUGCUGAUAUUUAUUUGUCAGGCAAAAAUAAAUGUGUUCAUUCUUAA